CAUGCACUUUAGGACACGAGAAGGAACUCCCAAGAACUCCCACGUCGUGGUCGAGGAGUUUUCGUUCGUUUCGGCUUUUGCCGAACUCAAAUUUCUUCCUUCAUCACCUCCGCUCAUCGAGGCCGGACUCGCCAUGGCGCAACAACGGCUCGCUCUCUGGAAUGCCGAGGACUUGGAGGAGGAUGUUGAUCUCUCAAUGGCCAUUGGGAAUUACGGCCCAAAUGUGCCAUACGAAGACGCGCACAUACCUCAGCCUCAGAUCGAUGAAUCGACGCUCAUUGCGAUGCAGCAGCAUAUGGCCCAACAAGCGGCCUUCUCGCAGAUUCCCGACGUCGUGAAGAGGUUCAUAGUACACUUCCACCAAGCUGUGUUGGACAACAACCUCGCGGAGAUCACGGUUGCCUAUGAGAGUGGUUGGAACAAAUAUACAGAAAAGUUCUAUGCGAAAACGGAAUGGCCAGAGGCUGAGUUCAUUGCGCCUUUGGUUAACGAUGACCCGAUAUUCCUCAUCCUGUAUCGCGAACUCUACUACCGUCAUGUCUACUCUCGGCUGCAACCCAACAUCGAUGACCGCUUCCACUCCUACGAAAACAGCUGCGAGCUAUUCAACUACCUGCUCGACUCUGAUGGACCUGUAACGCUCGAACUCCCUGAACAGUGGCUCUGGGACAUCAUCGAUGAAUUUAUCUACCAGUAUCAAGUCUUUUGCACAUGGCGCUCGAAGGUGACCACGAAGACGCAGGAUGAGCUCAUGAUGUUAGCAGACGGUGGUCCGGUCUGGAGUUCGUACAGUGUACUCAAUGUUCUAUAUUCCUUGAUGCAAAAAUCGAAAAUCAAUGAGUACAUCGUCGCUCAACGGGAAGGAAAAACGCCUGAGGAGAUUGGUGAGAUUGUUGGCGAAUAUGGUCAACGCCCUCUAUACCGCAUGCUCGGCUACUUCAGCAUUGUCGGCCUGCUUCGAGUCCAUGUCCAUCUUGGAGACUUCACCCUCGCCCUGAAAGUAAUGGAAAAUGUUGAACUCAACCAAAAGUCACCCUUCACAAGAGUGACAGCUUGCCAUGUUGCAACCUACUACUACGUCGGCUUCUGCUACAUUAUGUUGCGCCGAUAUCCUGAUGCGAUUCGGACAUUUGUGACAAUCCUCAACUUCAUCCAACGGAUGAGACAAUACCACACCCGGAGUUACCAAUACGAUCAGAUCAGCAAAACCGCGGAUAGGAUGUACUCGUUGUUUGCCAUCUGCCAUGCUCUGUCUCCGACGAGACUUGACGACACCAUCGCAAACACAGCGAAGGACCGGUUUGUUGAACAAUACGCUAAGAUCGCUCGUGGCGGAUCUGAGGCCUUGUCAGCCUUCGAAGAGCUUUUCCUGCAUGCAUGCCCUAAAUUUAUUGCCGCAAAUCCGCCUCCCUACGAGGAUCCGGCGGCCAUUGAGGCGAUCUUCGCCGCAAGCUCUGAGCAAGAAUCAAAUUCGUUGCAGACGGCUGCCACCCGCCGCCACGUUGAUCUCUUCCUCGCCGACGUUGCUGCCCAACUGCCCGUCCCGACCCUCCGCAGUUUCCUCAAGCUCUACACUAGCCUCGGCGCAAAGAAACUUGCCAACUUCCUAGACGCGGAUGAGGAGGAGCUCGUGCAAGAGAUGAUGGUCCUCAAGCAGGCAAGCAGGAGCAUUAGCCGGGUUGCUGGCAGCGAGGGGGCCAGUUUGCUGGAUGGGCAGAUGAUCACAACGAGUGAUCUCAACUUCGCCAUUGACGAGAACAUGGUCCACAUUGCGGAAUCCACUGUUGGAAGGAGAUACGCUGGCUGGUUUAUCAAAAAUACCGAACGGACACAGAAGAUCUUAGAUGAUCUCAAGAACACGCCUCUCCCCGUACCGCCGAAGUCAGGAGCGGCUGCUCCCACUGGAGGUGCACCAACAGUAGAAGCACAGGCGCCACAAAAUCGAGCACAACGGAGUGGAGGGCCAAAGGUUGCUUGGGGUGGUGUAAAGGUCGCUUCAUA